UUUGUAUUUUCUGUUUUUUCCUUUUUUUUUUUUCAUUCCUUUGUUCGGCUGUUUGCUUGCAUUUAGUACCUGGCUCUGUGGAGGUUGAACUUAAGACUGCAAAUUACAUUUUGGAAGUUUAUGCAAGUGACGCAUGUUUUAUUCUGAUUAUUUUGAUCAGCUACUACUUUCCUAACAAAUGCUCUUUGAAAAGCAUCUGUGUAGCAUUGCUUGAAAUCCAUUUGAGGGGAUUUCUGAUUAUUCUAAUUAUUUUGCUGCAGUGGCCUUGAAAACUAGUAGCAGGAGAAUGAACAUAAUAAUUGAUAAUUUACUGUAAUUUGGAAAGAAAACUCUUUCUUUAAUACGGAAAGAAUUCCUUAUGUUUGAUAUGUGGGUGUUACCACAAAGAUCUGACUCUAUCUUUUGUACAUGGAAAUUGAAAUUAGCAUCAGGAUAUUUGCUUUCUCUCUCUCUCAAUUUUCUACUUCCCAAAAUUUCUAAUGUUAGGAAUGGAUAUUGCCUGACGUUUGCAGAUUUUUUUAAGAGGAGAUGGGUUUUGGAGGUGGCAAAAUUUUAAGGUGGAGGGAGUAGAGGUGCUAUGAUAGUGAAAAUGAGAGUGAAGGUUGACGCUUGGAUUCGACUCCGCUUUCUAUACUCGCUCUUCUUGCCAAAACCAACCUCUCUCUCCUCCUCCUCAUCUCAUUCUCUUCAGAGGACCUUGACGAAUCUAAAAGCUUGCCUCUUUACCACUACCGUCACUGCUACCUCCCCUGCUUCACAAGAUGUAGAAAGCGCAUUGGCAUCCGCAGACCUAAAAGACUCUGCUAUUGCCGGCCUUUUCCGAGGAUGUGGCUGCACCGAUUCUCAGAUAAUGAAGAUCUUUGUACGCCAGCCAUCUUUGCUCAAGUCUGAAGUUGAAAUCCUUCAGUCCAAGCUCAACAUACUCCGUGGAUUGGGCCUUACUGGUUCCGACAUCGUCAAGAUCAUUCACUGCCGCCCUCGCUUCUUGGCCUCUCGCAUCAACCACAGCCUCGAUGAGCGUGUCGACUUCCUUCAACAAUUUUUUGGGUCUAGGGAGAUGCUCCUCAAAGCAAUAGUCCGCAAUCCUUCCCUUCUUAACUACAGUUUGUAUGAUAAGUUAAAAAGCUGCAUUGCUCUAUAUGAAUCUAUGGGUAUCGCCAGGCAGGACUUGAUUUAUUUGCUCAUGUCUCGUCCCACCUUAAUUUCUCGAACCUCGCUCGACAAUGAAAAAAUGGAAUACAUUCGCAGGACUGGGCUCUCCAAGGACUCUAAGAUGUACAAGUAUGUGCUCACCCUGAUUGCCGUAUCACGCAUGGAGACCAUCCGAGAAAAGAUGGGUAACCUUGAGAAAUAUGGUUUCUCGACAGAUGAAAUAAUGAAUCUAAUCAGUCGCUCUCCUUUGGUGCUCACCCUCUCCAUUGACAAGGUCCAAAGGAAUAUGACUUUCAUCAUUGGGACCAUGAAACUACCUGCAAGUGUUGUCCUUGACUACCCAUUUCUCUUGUUCUUGAACCUGGAAACUGUCUUGAGGCCACGGGUUCUACUAGCAGAAAAAAUAAGGGCAAUGGGUUUGCUUCAGCAGAUUAAAGGGUGUACCGUGUUGAGAGUGCUGAGAAUGUCCGAGCCUCGAUUCCUUAAGAAAUUUGUUACAUGCCACACUAAUGAUGUAGCGAAGUCCCUGAUGGAGUUCUAUCAAGAGACAAAAGGCAUUAGGAGAUUGGCAGAGUCCUCAAAGCGGGUUGUUUAUAAGGGGUUCCCUUUCUGAUGAUGUAUUGUUAUAUCCAAUUUGAUCUGAUCAUUUAUUGGUAUCUUUAAUUUUACAAGCCAAUAGAUUGAUUGCUUUUGUCCCCUCUACCCAAGCCAAGGUUAAUAUCUAAUUUUGUAUUAUUUGCAACUAUUCUUAUUAGGGGUUGGUUAAUUUUGAUUUUUUACUAUU